AGUGACUCCUGUCGUUUGCUCCCCUCCCCAGGGACCCGCCGGACCCAAGGGGGCUAAAGGAGCUUCGGGCCAAGCCGGACCGAAGGGAGAGAAGGGCGUGCAGGGGCCUCCGGGACACCCCGGCCCCCCGGGCGAAGUGAUCCAGCCGCUGCCCAUCCAGAUGUCGGUGAAGAGCCGGGGGACGGUGGACGGGAGCCGGGCGGAGCAGGGGGACGAGGCCGGGGGUCUCCCGGGCCGCGGCCUGGAGGAGAUCCUCGGCUCCCUCGACUCCCUGCGGGAGGAGAUGGAGCAGAUGUGGAGGCCGGCGGGCACCCGCCACAGCCCCGCCCGCACCUGCCAGGACCUGCGCCUCGCACGCCCGGCCCUCCGCGACGGCGAGUACUGGAUCGACCCCAACCAGGGCUGCUCCCGCGACGCCUUCCCCGUCCUCUGCAACUUCACCGCCGGGGGCGAGACCUGCCUCUUCCCCAGGGACGACAUCCUCCAGUUCUCGUACGUGGACGCGGCGGGCUCCCCGGUGGGGGUGGUCCAGCUGACCUUCCUGCGGCUGCUGAGCGUGUCGGGGCGGCAGCGGGUGACGUGGCCCUGCGGGGGCCGGGGGGCGGCCCCGCCGCGGCUGCGGGGGGCUCACCGCCGGGCCCUCGGCCCCGACGACGGCCCCUACGUCAAGGACCUCACGUCGCAACACUGCCGGGUCCCGGGCAGCUCCUCGCGGGCGGUGAUGGAGGUGACCACCCCCCUGCUGGACCAGCUGCCCCUCCUGGACGCCUUCUUCUCGGACUCGGACUCGGACCCGGACCCGGAAGGACCCCGGCGGCGGCCGGGGGUGGAGAUGGGCCCCGUGUGUUUCCUGGGCUGAGGACCCCGGCGCCCGGCCCGCCCCCCCCGCCCCGCCCCCGCACAGAGACUCCGGGACCCCCCA